CGAGGAGAGGCACAGCGUCAAUUACAUGGCAUGCUCUAAAUCGGGACGUAACGGUCGCUGCUGUGGUGAUUGGCUGAGUCCUUUCCACACUGUGCUCUGAGCGCGCAUGCGCGGUGGACCCGUGAUGCCAGAGAGAGGCUCGGCCGCCAUUUUACACCGUGACCCGUGCGCACUGUUACUGCCUGUGCCGCCGCUGCAGCAGCAAGUAUCCUAUCCUGAGGCGGCGGAAGACCGUCGGUACUGUGCUAUUAUGGCGGGAUAUAUGCAUUCGCUACCGGGUAUGAUUGUUCCUGGCCCAAGAAUGUCAGCAAUCAUCCGGUUGCAGGGGCUUCCUGCUAUUGCAGAUUCUGUUGACAUUCGACAGUUCUUUUAUGGAUUGAAUAUUCCCAAGGGAGGUGUGUAUAUCACUGGUGGAAAAUUUGGUGAGGCUUUUAUUUUAUUUGCAACCUACGAAGAUGCUCGGUGUGCAUUAUGCCUGUCAGGUCGUCCUCUAAAGAAUUCACAAAUUCAUCUAGCACCCAGCAAUGAAUCUGAAAUGCAGCGUGCAUUGGAGAUCUACCGUCUAGGUGGGAAUGAGUCUAUGGGUGCUCUUUAUUAUCCAGGGACAAAUGUUAGAGUUCCUGUCGGUAAGCCUUCAUAUAUAUACAUACAUGGGAUGCCCUUAAAAACCACAAAAGUGGACAUCCGAGACUUUUUUAAAGGGCUCCCCGUCAUCGACAUAAUAUUCUUGAAAUUUGGAAAUGGAAUCAGGAAUGGAAAUGGUAUUGUUAAAUUUGCAAAUAGUACUGAUGCUACUGAAGGGCUCAAAUUUAGCAGUCGGUGCAUUUGUGAGUCAUCAGUAACACUCAAACUUUCAGAUGAGAAAGAGUGGAUAAAGAAUGAUGGCAGCUCAAAUGUUCGAGGAAGGGAGUUGUCUCCAUCGCGUUCAUCUAGCUAUAGGAGAAGAUUGUCCCGGUCAAGGUCUAGAUCUCCAAGAAAUAGGAGGGUAAGGGCUAGUUCACCAUAUAUUCGUGAAUUUUAUGUGCAUCUUAUUAACCUGAGUUACAGAGCUGAAAAAAGGGAUAUAAAAAAGUUAUUUUAUGAUACCGACAUGAGCGACUCUCGUAUUACAUUCUUACUCGACAAAGACGGUAGGAGGACAAAAGAAGCUUUCACAAUGUUCACCACACAAAAAGAUUAUAAAAGAGCGUUGAGCUUGAACAAUGAAACCUUUAAGGGCAAUACAAUAAACAUAUUGGCUAUUUCCAGAAGGAAUAUGUUGGAGCUAAUUGAGCGCAUGAAAACUAGAGUGGCAAAAGAUCACCCAGAUUUUCGGAAAUCUACAAAGCAAAGCUCUCGAGAAAAGCGCUGCAUGUUUUUGCGAAAUUUCCCUGCUGAGAUUACAAAAGCUGAUGUCAAGAAUUUUUUUACUGGUUAUUCUUUGAAAGAAGAUAACAUUUCCCUAUUGUUUGAUAGUAGAGGACAAGGCCUUGGAGAAGUGUUGGUUAAAUUUGCUAAUGAAACAGAAGCACACAAGGCCGAAAGACUAAACCAUAAAAAGUUUCUAGGAACAGAAAUCCUUUUGAGUCGCAUCACUGAGGAACAAAUGAAAGCUUUCGGUAAUGUUACAAGUAUUUCUGCUGCCCAAAAUACAGAUGAGCUGAACCUUGUUUCCCAAGCCGACGACACCCCUGAUGUAUCUUCAGAGUCUGUAUACAAACCACCUUCCAGUUUGGCGGUGGAGGUGGCAUCAUCGUUGGACUCUAGUGGAGUGAUGCCAGCGCUGGAUUCCAGGGAGGAAGAGAUGCGUUUUGACGUCGAUGACCCUAUUCCAUUUUUCAUAUCUAAAACGGAAGAUGAGGCACCGGACAGCCUAGAGGCUCCCAACGAGGCAUCCGUAGAGGCCGUACAGACCGUUCCUGUUUUGGAAUCUGAAAGCCCUUUGCAACAGAGUGAUAUCGCUGAUGAACGUCCAGGUGAAUCUGAAUUGUUGAGUUCAGAUGUUGAGAAUGGCUGCAAUGAGGAAUCCAACUUAGAGGCUGCAAACAAUAGAGUGACAUUACUGUUCAUUAGGAACCUGCCCUGCACAGUUACUGUUGCCGAAAUUCUAGACUUCUUCAAUGGCUACAAAAUGAGCUCUGUAAAUCUGAAAAACAUUGAAAGAGGUAUAGCAACUGUGCGUAUGUCGAGCUACAAAGAAGCAGUGUCUGCUAUAAAUGCACUUAACAAGAAAGAGAUUGGCCAUAAGCAGGCAUUUCUCAGCUUAUUUUAAUUGCUGAGCAAGUUUUCUUGGUAAGUCCCCUUUUUGUGUAUUCCCUAAACACACACACCCCCCGACCCCCCCCCCCCCCCCCAAGAAUAUAAAUUCUUGUAAUCGAUUUGUAGAAAUUUUUUUUUUUUUUCAUUCUGUAAGGAAUCCUUUAAGUUUCAGAUGAUGUUUACGAGCAGAAGGAAUAGAUAAGCAACAAUUUUGUUUCUUGCAUCCUGCUCAUAGGUUGCAGAUUAAUUUUUUUAGCCGCAGUUGUUUAGAAGUUCUUAUUGUAUGCAGGAAAGGCAGUAUCUGUUAAAAAUCGAUUUUGACGUUAAUUUCAAUUAUUUUUACCUUUAAAAAAAAAAAAUGCAUUAUUUUUUUUUGUGUGCAGGAAUAAAGUAUAUAUUUCAGCAGCAGUAUCUAAGAUAAAAUCAAGUCAUAUACUGUGUGUUUUUAGUUGUAUAUGAGUAGUAGUAACUUUAAAACAGGUUAUCCACAGAUUUGAUAAUCUAACUCUGGAUUAGAGUAAUGAUCUUGUACUAUGUAUAAACCUGAGUAAAUGUCCAGAGCAUGAAUGAGAAGUUUGACAUGAAUCCAAUCUUGUUCGCUUUCAGAGUACAAGCUUUUGUUCUUGUUACUUUUUGUUGCAAAGAUCUCUUCAGUAUCCUCACACUGCUGUGCUUAGUAAAUUCAAACAUCUUGUUUACAACGUUAUUACUGCAAUGUGUUCUGUCAAUGUUACUAGUUUAAAGCACAGUUUGUCUAAAAUGUUUAAUGUAAUAUAGUUGCUGAGAAUUAUCAAUAUAAAUCAUCAUAAGUAAA